CUCGUCGAGGUUGGCGGCGGCGCCAUUUUGAAUUGGCCGAGGGUCGGAGGCGGUGGUUGCUGAACCAGGUGCCGCGUCCCCUGACAAAACCAGCGAGAAAGGAGCGAGGUCUGAAUAUGGCAGCGAAUAGGAACUUGAAGCAAGUGCGGAUCGAGAAUAGCUCCCCAGCGGCGCCGCUGGGCAUGGUGGGGGGGGGUGGCGGCAACCUGAAGGGGUUGCGGGGCCUAGAAACGGAGAAUGAGGCAGCGGCGGCCAUGGCGCUAGUGCCGAGCAAAGAGGGUGGAGAUGAAGAGCAGGAGGUUGGGUUCACCAUCGAUAUCAAAAGCUUUCUCAAACCCGGCGAGAAGAGCUACACGCAGCGCUGCCGGCUGUUCGUGGGAAAUCUGCCUACUGAUAUCACUGAGGAAGAUUUCAAGCGCCUCUUCGAGCGCUACGGGGAACCUAGCGAGGUCUUCAUCAAUCGGGACCGUGGCUUUGGCUUCAUUCGCCUGGAAUCUAGGACACUGGCUGAAAUAGCAAAGGCAGAACUUGAUGGUACUAUUUUGAAGAGCAGACCACUUCGAAUUCGAUUUGCUACACAUGGAGCUGCCCUGACAGUGAAGAAUCUUUCACCUGUGGUUUCUAAUGAGCUGCUGGAACAAGCGUUCUCUCAAUUUGGGCCAGUGGAAAGAGCUGUUGUUGUAGUAGAUGAUCGUGGCAGAGCUACAGGAAAAGGUUUCGUAGAGUUUGCAGCAAAACCUCCAGCACGGAAAGCUCUAGAAAGAUGCAGUGAUGGGGCAUUCUUGCUAACAACAACACCUCGACCUGUUGUUGUAGAACCAAUGGAGCAAUUUGAUGAUGAAGAUGGGCUCCCAGAGAAGCUAAUGCAAAAGACACAACAGUAUCACAAGGAAAGAGAACAGCCUCCACGUUUUGCUCAGCCUGGAACCUUUGAGUUUGAGUAUGCUUCACGGUGGAAGGCUCUUGAUGAGAUGGAAAAGCAACAGCGUGAACAGGUUGACAGGAACAUUAGAGAAGCCAAAGAGAAACUAGAGGCAGAAAUGGAAGCAGCUAGACAUGAGCAUCAGCUAAUGCUGAUGAGGCAAGAUCUCAUGCGACGUCAAGAAGAAUUGAGGCGUUUGGAAGAACUUCGAAAUCAAGAGCUUCAAAAGCGCAAGCAGAUACAGUUGAGACAUGAAGAAGAACAUCGGCGUCGUGAAGAAGAGAUGCUACGCCAGAGGGAACAGGAGGAAUUGCGACGACAGCAGGAGGGAGGAUUUAAGCCAAAUUUCAUGGACAAUAGAGAACAGGAAAUGAGAAUGGGUGAUAUGGGUCCUCGUGGAGCAAUAAACAUGGGAGAUGCGUUUAGCCCAGCACCUGCUGGUAACCAAGGCCCUCCUCCAAUGAUGGGUAUGAAUAUGAACAACAGAGGAACUUUACCUGGCCCUGCAAUGGGUCCUGGUCCUUCCAUGGGACCAGAAGGAGCUGCAAAUAUGGGAACACCAAUGAUGCCAGAUAAUGGAACAGUGUUGCCAAGAAGGUUACAUGCAAGCCAGUAAAAUAUGGAAAAUAGUGUUCUUCAUGAUUUCUCCGGGAAAGAUGAUAUACAGAGUUGCUUUAGAGAAGCAAAGACUAUUCACAUGUACUUUUUCUUUGAAGAAAAUAUGUAAACUGCAAUUGCAAAGAUGGGAAAUACUGUCUUUUAAAACAUUCUUCAUUCUUUGAUACAAUAGCACUUCAUUGUUCCAUAUAUUGCAUUCCACUUUUAAGGGACGGAGCAUGUGAAAGGUAAGCUGCAGCUCCAGUUUUAAUCAACUUCAAAUCAAAAGCCUUUUCCAGAAGGCACAGAAGGAAAACUUUAAUAAUGAAACAGUAGUUUAUCUUUAGUUUUGUUCCAGUGUGGAGUAUUGUGCUUCUAGAACUUCCAGCAUUGUAUCAGUAGCAGUUCCACAUGUGACAUGUGCAGAACCAGAGCUGUGCCAAGUAAUACAAAUAAAAUUUCUGCCUUGGUGUGUGAAGAAUGCAAUUAUGACAUUUCAAAAACUGAAUGUUCAGAGUUUUGAAAGAAAAUGUAUGAAAUAAUUGUCAUAUAUUGAAUUACUGGUUUAAAAGUGAAAAUUAUGUCAACUUAGCAGUUGGCAUGGCUAUGCUUUUAGAACCAUUUUGGUAUACGUGCCAGUUUCAUUGCCAUGUUAUGCUUUGUGUAGUUUUUGUAAUAUCACUUAAUGCAUGUUCAGAAUCAUUCUUCCAUCACAGUUUGUGUACAGUUUUAUAUUUUAUUCACACUGCUGAAUGUGAAUGUCUGUAGAAGGGGGGGGAGUACUAGAACAUUUGUCUGGUAUUAUGUAACUUGUUUAGGAGAGUUUUUCAUUGCUAAACUUGCUUUCUGUUUUGUGUUCACUCUGCAUGUUUUGUGCAAAAUAUGCUUUUUCUAUUGCAUAUGGGGAGAAAUAGCAAGUCAUGAAAAUGUGUUUAUUAGGAAAGUAAACAAAAGUCCUGGAUGCCUCUUACUGCUUCUAAAAUGACAGCUGGCUCUGGAGAAUAAAAUUACUUGGUAUACUUUUCAUGCAUGAUUACAUGUAGAUUUUUUCCUGCUUACGGCCCACUUCAGAGUUAAUAUUAAAGAUAAAAAAAUUCUGAGUUUAGUUUCCAUAGACCAUCUGGUUUUAAUCACAAGCAUGUGUACAAGACAGUAAAUUAAUCACAAAUGACAUGAUGUUUGCUCUGAAUAGUACUGUAACUCCCCAAGUUGUAUUAAACAUAAAAAACAUAAUUAGUUUGAGUUUCAUCAUUUUUGAAGUGAAACUUUAACAAUUGUAGUGGGUGAGAGUAAGCCAGUCCACUGGGGGGCGGGGAAGAGUGCAAGUCUGUGGAAAAAUCAUGCUCUUGUUUUCAGUUGCAUUAUGUUACCAGGCAUGCAUUUUUUUUACUCUAAAUUGGGACCAUUGUGCAAAACUGUUUGUUAUAAAGACUUAACAAGAAAUAUAAUUCAUCUUAAUUUAUCCAGGUAUAAUUAUUAAUUCAUUGUUAGCAUCUUAAAAAUAGAAUUGGUUAGAUUUGGCACAUGUACUUUACUGGAGACGAUAGCAUGUAGUGUGAAUAUUAGAAAUAGAAUAAUUCAAGUGAUGGUCAUUACUGAAGACUGAUACGUUGGGCCUUUAAGCCUAGUUGCAUAAAAGCUGAUCUUGAGCAUUAUUCUUACUACCUUCGAAAUGAAUUCUUUCAUGUAUCUUUUUCUUCUUUCAGUUAACCAUAAACCUGAAUUUCCCAGGUGACUGAUAUUUUUGGGAAAUAAAUACUGAUUUUAAAAUUCUCUGCCCAGAACCUUGCUACUACAUUUGCAUUUCUCCUUUAUUGCUGUAGUAGUCAGAGAAGUACUUGCAGGUUUGAAAGUGUUCAUCUAGAUUUGGGGGGCAAGGGUAAGGGAUUGAUUAUUGUGUGUUGCUUAAUUCUUGAGGUCUCGGGUGGGAAAACUGGUAAUGUGGAAUCUUCUUCAUAUUAUUGUAAAAAAAAAAAAAAAUUCUGCCCAGUGUCAAGGAAGCUGAAUGGUGUAUCUUUAAAGAAGAUGGGAAAACUAUUUUACUAGAGAUCUUAAGUAUUUAUGAAGUAUUUGAGCUCUAAAUCUUUCACUGGUCUGAGAUUGAGGACAUUGCGACUCAACCCUAACCUGCCAUUAGUAUUACGGUGAAAACUCUGCAAGCUUCUGUAAAGCUUUAGAAGUGAAGUGAGGCUGUAGUGUGAUGUACUGACUAUAGGAUUGGGCCAAAUCAUUCAUCUUUGAAGACUGUCACUGGCCUGCUCUGGGUAUCCUUAUUUAUUCCAUUUAGGACUUUGUUCCCUAUUCUGUAUUCCAGGUUUUAUUUUAUUGUAAAAGGCUUUAACUAUGUGGAUAAUGUGGAAGAUAUGAGCUCUAUAAAGCUUUAUUUGGGGGUUGUAAUACUAAACUUGAUGGAAAUGGGUUAAUAGAAAGAAUCAGAUGUCAGAUGCACAGUAAAACCAGUUCUUUAUGUGAUUUGGCAAGUCAUUAUAUACCUCUUCAUACAUGCUUUGUUAGUAUACGAAUAUCAUGUAUGUGUUCUUAAUCUGUUGUCUUGUUAAAAAGGAUUUAUGGCUCUUCCUGGGGCAGGGGAAAGACUUCAUUCUGGAUUAAUUUAAUCUUAAAAUUUCUCUUUUGUGUAAAUCAAUACACAAUAAUUAAGUGCCAAUACAUGAGAACUUAAAAUAGAUAGGUACCCUUUAUUGACUCAUAGGCAUGUAAAAAUAUUAAUAUGGAAAAGUAAAAGUGCUCUUCAUGGAUUUACAGAUGGGGGAAAUAGGAAUGUGGAAGAGCAUGAAGAUGCAGUUUGACCUCAUCUUUCAGUUUGUUUCUUCUAAAAGUUUGGAAGCUACCAUACCAUUAAAAACCUCCAAUAUGACUCUUGAUAAACUUGACCUAAAGUCCUUAAAUUUUGUUUCAGAGUUCUGCUAUAAAUGAAACUAGUUCAAUGUAAACAUGCAAAUAAAAUACAUGCUUUAAUGGACAAAAUAAGUCUGAAAGCCUGUGUUUCAUUAAGAUGCAGAGAAGAGUAAUGUUAUUGGGGAGUUGGCUAUAUUUUCUCAUAUUUUUAGUUUUUUGUCUACAUAACCUUAAAGGAACAGAGGUGGAACUUUAUUAAUGACGCACAGGGAGAGGCUGAACAUACAAGACAAAAUUGUGCUGGAAAAGGACUGAAGUUCAAAUACGUAUAAUGUACUGAUGCUUCCAAUAGAGGACUUCUGUCACGAAUUUAGAGAGCUCCUGCUUAAAAAACAAACGCUGCCCAAAUCUGGUCCUGUUCUUCUUGCAGGAAAAUGUCAUCAUUGCCUUGGUCGUGACAAAACAAGAAUAGAACUAUCAAGAUUUAAGUUUAUGAAGAACAUAAGUAUCUUGCCACAGUGAUAAAUCCGAGUAGUUGAACAGUCAGCACCUGAGGUAGCUUGUCUGCUGUUAGGGUACAUGUAGAGCUGCAUGACUGCUGUAACCUGCCCAGGACUUCGAAUAUGGUAGUGCCUUCAGUUAUUUCAGCAGUUGCUUCACCUGCCUCAGUUAAUGAAGUUCCUUUAUGGCUACAAGGAUGCUUUUCAAAGUCUUCAUCUCUUCUGCUUAGCAAAUUUCAGCUGCGCAGUAGCAGCUACCCCGGUUGGGGGUUGAGGGUGGUGUAGUCACGGAGCACUUCAAUCAGCAUUUGCUCUUGCUGGCUACAGUUGUCUUAGUUGAUGCCUUUUCAGUCAUUGCAGCAUGCUUCCAAAUGUUACCUUUCAUGAAAUACAAAUGUGGCAUUCUCAGUAAGGUAUUGAUUGAGCAAGCUUGAGUAGAGACUUAAGAAAUAUUAGAUACAAAUUUUCAAGAAAUACAAACCUGUUACACUUGUACUGUCAAUGACACAAAUUCCUUUGAUAAUUCAAAGUGUGUUACAGAAAAGGAAUCUGUUGGAUGAUUUUGUAAUAAAGAUGCAAAGGUCUGGUUCUGCUUCCAGGUGCUGAGGUUCAUCUUUAAACUAUUUGGAUAUCUGCAUUUAUUUUAGUUUACAUGGUGUAGUGUAAACUAGAAUCCCUCAGAAUCUAUGCAUAAAUACACCCUGUCAGAGCAUACUCAGCAAUUGGAUGCUGAUGAGAUGUGAGAUUUUGCAGAGCUGAGAAUGAAAGUUGAGUGAAAUAGGUUUUUAAGUAAGAUGGAAAUAAAGUUACGAGAAAGCAACAAGGUUGAGCAUAACAGAGCAAACUGCGAACUCUUUGAACAUGAUCCGUAAAAAGUAGUGGAAGAAUUUGAUCACAGGUAAAUGUUCUGUAAACCUUUCCAAGAAAUUGAUGCGUCAGUAUGCAGAACUUCGGUUUGAAAUGUGGACUUCAUUGGAGAAGCUGCUGCUUUUGUGGACUUUGUGUUUCAAGACGGCAAAUGAUGUUUGUAGUGUGUUAGAAUGGAUGUGUUUUCCUUGUGUACACCAAAAGUCACAAACAGGUAACUGAAAUAACAAACUUGUAUGUUCUAGUUUGUGUUCAUAACCAUUUUCUCAUUAAUGUAUUGAUAUUUACCAAUUUGUCAUAAUUUUGAUAACUUAUUUUUAAAUAUGUAUCUUUAAUGUGAGAAUUAUAGUAUGAGGUUGUAUCUUGAAAUUUGGAUGAACCAUGAUGAAAAAUAGUGCCAACAGUCAGUCUCUUCGAUGCGCAAUAUUUUAGUCUCGAAUAUAAUGCCAACUGACUGCCUUUGUAUGUAAGAUGGCAACAAAAGGAAGUUCCCUGUUUCUUACCAUGUGCUCUUGGUUUAGUCCUGUGUAAACUUGGUUUUAUCAUUAAGGCCUUUGUACUUUCUGUUUGCAAGUGAAGAAAGUUGUAGCCAGCUGGGGUGUCUUAAGGGAGGUAGAUGGUGGAAGGGUUAAUUUUAAUAAUAUCGCUAACACACACUGAGAUGCCUGAUAGUUAAAUCUGUUACUCAAAGUUGUAGUUAUUCCUAGUACCGUGCUUUUCAGUUGUCUUCAUUACAUGUUAGCAGGUGCUUAUGUAGCUCUGUGCAUAUGAGAGCUGAGACUUAAUGCUUUUUUUUCAUGUUUGAUAAUCAUUUCACUUUGGGUAGGAACAAUAACUUUAUCUUGCAGGUAGUAACCACUUCUACUAAAACAAGGAAAGUAAAAUGGUAAUAGAAAGUUGAGAUAAAUCUGAGUGCAGCAUCAGCAAUAUGCCCAAUUGUGCAAAUGGAGGACAAAAAGCCAAGUUUGAGUCCCAGCUUGCCAAAAAAUGAAGCUUGUACAACAGUAGCAAGUAGAGAAUCUCUGCUCUUCACUUUUAUGCAGUUGAGUUCACUGCGUAUUCUGCCUCAAAAAUUUUCACAGGUUCCUUGGUGGUACGCACAACUUUCAGCCCAGGUCUAAAUAGUAAUCUGCCUAGCCUGGGCAAGUACAGGCUUGGUUUGUUGCAUGGACUAGUUAUGUCAUAUUGAAACAGAUCUGCAUCUCUACAAAACACAAGUUUUCAUGAGAAACGGUACCUUUAUUCAACAUUGCUUUGCUUUUUUUGGAAACAGGUAAGUCUUUAUGUCAGUGGAGCAGUAUGCGAUAAACUGCAGGGUAUCCUGCAAAUGCUUUAUUAAGGCUGUUCUGUUGUCUUUGUUUUGAAAUACAGAUUCCAUUUCAGGUGUAUUUCAAAUCUAAUGCAAGAUUUUCUUUUUUCUACCAAAUACGGCUUUAUCAUGCUGGAAGCUAGAAGAAGGUGUUCUGUAUUUCUCAUAAAGUUAUCAGAGAUAAAGAUUGUCACCCAGCAGAGUUAGCAUAGGAAGGAAAUUACUGAAUUGCACUAUCAAUUACCAGAUCUUUUGACAGGACUAGAGGCAAUGGGCACAAACUGAAACACAGGAGGCUCUGAACAUCAGGGAACACAUUUUUAACGUGAGCAGGACCGAGCGCUGGCACAGAUUGCCGAGGGAGGUGGUGGAGUCUCCAUCCUUGGAGAUAUCCAACGCUGCCUGGACAGCGCUAGGUGGCCCUGCUUGAGCAGGGGGCUGGACCUGAUGAGCUGCAGAGGUCCCUUCCAGCAUUAACCCUUCUGUCAUUCUGUCCUCUAAAUAAAGCUUUGACUUUAUUGACUUUAUAUGAAUUGACAUUAAAAACGGACUACAUGCUUAGGUGUUUGAAUGCUUCCUUACUAGGUUUCAUUUCAAUGUAGAUGUAUAUAUUGCUUAGUAUUGUUAAAUUUUACAUUUUCAAAUGAGGCACUUCAAAGAUGAAAGUUCUUUGAAUCUUGAGUUGUUGCUUUUUAUAAGGACCAUGUGACUGCAGCUUGCCCUGCCCUUUCCCCCAGCACAGACUUACAGCUUCAGAGAUUUUAGCCCCACAAAGAUAAUCAAUUCUGCUCUCUUUAAUUUGGAAGAGGAGGUUAGGACACUGGCCUAACUUGGCACCUGCUGCAGAAAUGACAGGUAAGGAAUCCUGCAGGAGGGAAUGGGGAGCGUGGUGUGAAGUUGUGUACAGCAGCGCUGCUAACACCUCUGGACUAAAAGUGCUGUGUAUUGGUGAGGUUCACAAUUCCUUAGGAAUGCUGGGGUUUUAAAUUUGGAGAAGAUUGGAUUAUGAACAAUCUAGGAAGUUUCCCUUGAAACUAGAUCCCUGUGUACUUUUUGGAAGAUCCAAAAUAUCUUCAAACUAGUGAGGUCAUCACAUCUCGACUGUAUGUGUUUUUGUAUAAUACAAAGUUUAUGCUGAUUUUCUGUAGUCUUAAAACUCCAAAAUCUGAGAAACCUCUCUUAGGCUUUGCCUAUACACAUUUGUGCUACUUUAAAACAUUUUUUUAAAUUAUAUUGAAAUCAAAUGAAAUUGAUAUUAAUAAAACUGUGUAUUUAAAUGUCUCUAAAACUUUCUUAGUGGUUCUCUCAUCUCUGAUUGCAUAACUAAACUUGUUUGCACAGUGCGUAGCGCAAAGAUAUCCUGACUUCUGUUAAAGUAGUAGAGCAAUACUGAGCCUACCGACCUCUGUGCUAGCUGUACUAGUUUUACUAUAUCUAGUUCACAGCAGACUUUUCUAAAUUUGUUUCAAACUCCGUAUGUAAACAAGCUGUAAGUUUCUGUGAUAGUUGAACUCAGAAUUUCUAGAACCUGACAUAAAACAAGCUUAUGAAAUUUUAACUAACUUUCAGUGCUGAGUGAUGCAACAGUUUUGGAUACUUUUGAUCUCUCAGGUCUUGUCUCUGUUGAUUGGUGAAGUCACACCUAUAUGUCAUCGUUUCUAGGUGAAAGAGAUGAUGAGGGUUAAAGGUUAUUCCCUUGCUCCUUCAACAGUUUUGUACUUCUUAGCUGUUCAUGAUAAGGUAGGAAGACAUCUGAAGACGUUCCUGCUGCAUUAGUGACAACACAGGUAGAAUGGAUAAAUACGAAAAUCACUGUCUGAUUAGCCAGCCGCUCUGGUGCUGCUGAUUCCCCAACGUGACAUGGGGAUGUUAGGCAACGAUAGAGAGGAGGGGGCCGUGUUCAAAAAUGCGGGAUUGAGUUGCUGUUUCAUGUAGGAUUAUUUCAAUGACUUUGUAUGACUACGGCCUCACAAAGUUUUGCAGAAAUGUAUAUAUUUAUACAUAAAAUAUAUUAAAAAAUAAUUAUACUGUGCAAUAGAAGCCUGAGUAAUGACUUCAUUCCCUUCUGCUGGUCAAUCCAAACUUCUUUGAAAUUGUAGUGAGUCUUUUUUGCCAAAAAAAAAAAAAAAAAAAAAGGGCCCUCCUUUUGUAUUAAAUGCACAGUUUUACAUCUGGGAACAUAAUGACUCGCAAAUGGACAAUUUUUAUUCAAUUUACAAAGUACUUAAAAAUUUCAGCAUCUUCAAAUUCAGACCUUGUGAAAGCUGUACAGGUGAAAUCUUUGUCCUUUCCAUUUAAAUAUUUUCAGAUGUGCUCAUCAUUCCCCAGAUACUGAAGAAAUAGUUGAACUCCCGUAUGAGUAAAGUUUUGCGAUCCAGGCAAAACAGAAAAAGAAAUGUCCCUUGAUGGUAGUAGUGUCACUGGUACGGGUUUAUUACCUAGCUACUAGUAACUGCCACCAGUUUUUCUCUCUUGAAAUCUGAUUCCAGAAGAGGAAUACUGCUACAUUCACAUUCCUCAUUCCGUGUAAGAUGCUAAUGUUAUAAAUAGAAAAUUGUGAAAUAGAUGUAAAAUGUUUUUAAUAGUCUUGUCAAGGAAAUGAACGUCUUGCUGGCUCAGGUCAAGUUUUGUUUCUAGGGACUUAAUUUUCCUUUUGAGCCUUAAUUUGGUAAUGUUCACUCUUUCCCUUAAAUACUUAUUUGCUUCUAGCUGUCCGCAAGUAUAUGCUCUUACGGAGAGAAUUUGGGGAGCAUAAAAUUGGGAAAGGUUAUGUUGCAGUUUGUCUGCUGUAAUCCCUGGCAGCCAUGCAGUGAUGCCCAGGUGACGAUUGAUUUACUCUCUGACGGUUUUAUUGUUGUAAAGGUAUGCUUUUGUCCUCAGCAGGGGCCACUUGUGAUUAAGGUGAGCAGGUUUGGCCAGACCUGAGUAAAAACUAAGAGAAGAAUGGGGAGGAAAAGAUUGCUUGACCAUUUAAAAAUGUGUAGCACUGUGUCUUCUCUUAGUAUAUCAGCAGCCAACAUUGUUAUCUGUUACC